AUGGACAUCGUGAGACCGCUGUUCGCCGUCACCAUGGAUCUACCCAGUUGGUUGAGCAAGUCCAACCGAGCCUUGCAUCUCGUGGCGCCGGUACCCUAUCAUGCGCAAUGCCAACCGCGUAUACUCAAGCACCGUCAUGCGGGAGCUCAAUCCCGACUACGGGAUCACUUCACCCCCAGGGGGAUACCCAGAUGCCCAGACCUUGGUGCAAAUAAAGCCGUGGAUCAUCAAAGUUCGUUACAUCGAGGCACUCUGAUAUCACCCGGGCCAGUCUUCGCCGAUGAGAGUCGAGGGCAAUAUCAAGGUCUAAUAGUACAAGGUAGUCCAGUCAGUACUACGGAGCAUACAAAUACACAGCUUUAUCCCGGAAUCGUCGGUCCGAGCAAUCUACAAAACACUUCUACCCACAACGUAUCUUCCUUUCAGCCAUCGAUAUUUGGCUCAGCCGUCGAGGCUCAGCAGAGUUCCUUCUUGACAGCGUACAACCCCUAUCCGUUUGUACCCGAAUUCAGUGCAGCUAGCACUUCCACGCCUGAUAAUUCGCCAGUGCAGAACAGCGACACGUUGCACGUCUCCGUAUCAAGUGGUCAAACCGCAGUCACAGUGACCAGCGAGCAAGCCUUUGCUGAGAUGGGUGGAGGCGAGAUACAUCUCCCACAGCCCUGCAACCAUGACACCUACAAGCAGUUUGCUCUAGAACAGGGAGCACAAAAUUUCAGUCCUGCACAGCCUCUGCUAAAAGUCACAAAAUCCCUGCUAGACGACUCGGAGUUACCUUCCACGGAGCCAGAGCUGGGCAGCAACCUCUUGUCCUCGCAACCAGUGGUGCCAGCAGUGCUAGCGAUGCGACCGGUGCAACUCGCAACAAGACAUCGCCAGGAUCAGGUUGAGGCAGCAUCUGACAGCAGCCGUCCGAGCUCGGCUAGCGAAAAGAACGCCAUGCACUUAGUCAAGAAGCGUGGCCCAUUUAAUUUGCAGAAGCGUAAAGAGACUGCCGAGACCCGAAAGAGGAAAGCAUGCCUGAGGUGUAGAGUUCAGAAGAUUCGGUGUGAUGCAGAUCAAGAUGAAGUCGAAGGCUCUUGCCUCCCAUGCCAAAGCUUCUCAAAAGUCUCCAAGAAGACCCUGCACCACGUCUCUUGCUUCCGUGGUAAGCUGACAGACAUAGUGCUUUUCCGCCAAGGCGGUCUGAAUCUCACAAAACGAUGGAAGGGCACAGAAAUGAAAGACGUUGGCGAUCGGGUGAACACGGACAUUCGAUCGAUACAGAUAACAUUGGGUGUCUGUGAUACGCCUAUUGAGGUCAAGGUGGUCCGCUUUCGAGCCGCUGCAACGGAUGUUGUUGCCCGUUUUUGGACUGUGAGAGAGGGCGAGCGAGGAGACGAAAUAAAAAAGAAGAAGGACCUGGAACCAUUUUGCCUCGUCGAUAUCUGGGCUACGGCAACGUACUUUGAGAAAUAUGUUGUGGACAAUGCCAUUGGGACUAUAGUAAAACAACAUACACCGCACAAAAUGUUGCGAAACACACUUGCAGGGCAGGAUGUCAUUAAGAGGACAUACAUUGCGGCCGUGCAGUACUACUUGAACUUGGAGAAAAAGAACGAGGUGAUGGCCCCAUCUGGGAAGGUUGCCAACCCUCAGAAGAGGCUUCUAGGGAACCUCUUUGUAUUUUGGCACGCAAACCAACACACUACUGGUUCAGCGUAUAUUUGCGGCAAAGAAACUCUCGGCAUGAAACCUGAACUCAAGGACGAAACAUACCCUCUCUUCGGCAAAGUUUCCGUCCCCCGAAUGAUCCUCGCCCAAUUCGACAGCAUCAAUCACCGCAAACUUCUCCAUAGAUAUGGUCAAAAAGUCCUCCGCGACCUUGAAGCAUUCGUCUUUCGCAAUCAGUCGGCUCUUUGGUGGCCGAUAUACCUAACGGUCUUCAUUUUGCUACAUGAAGCAAAGCUUCAAGAAGGAUGUAACAAUAUCCUUGUUCACUGGCACUACUACAACUGCCAUCCAUGGCCGAAACCAGACGAUCCGUGGGAGCGCCAUAAGCACUUCAUGUCUGAGCUGACAUCGGAGCAGUACGACUUGGUCAUGGAUACUAUGACGGAUAGACGUGUGCAGAAGCAACUUGCCGCAUGGGCGAAGUGCAGGCAGGAGAACGGGAUGAUGGAAAAACCCCCCAUGCCUCCGAUGGGCAAACAAGAGACACCGUAUAUGGGCUCCCAGACUAACUAUGACUGGGACCAUCCAUGUUACUGGAUAGCGCAGAUGUUUGAAGAGCGGUGGCAACCACGCCCCACGUACCAGCGGGAGUAUAUGCACUAG